AAUAUCAUGACAGUCCAACAUCUCGACUCCAUAUAAAAUAGUCCACUCAACACUACUUUAUAUACAUCUUCCCAUAUUCUAAUAUUUUUAAGCUUACUUUCUCCAAGUGAAAUUGCACCACAAAUCUCAAAAAAAUGAGAUCUAUGAACCUUGUUGAUUUAUGGGCUCAACAAGCUUGUUUAGUUUUCAAUCAAACUUUGUCUUAUAAAUCCUUCAAUGGAUUCAUGAAAAUCCCUUUGAAAAAUUCCAAAAUUAAUCCUAAGUUAAAUAAGAAAAGACCAUUUUCUCCUCUAACAGUUUCAGCAAUUGCUACUACCAAAGAAGAUGAAAGAAUUGAAGCAGCACAGACGGAGGAACCAUUCAAUUUCAAGAUUUACGUAACGGAAAAGGCUAUUUCUGUAAACAAGGCAUUAGAUGAGGCUAUUAUUGUAAAAGAACCCCAUGUUAUCCAUGAAGCAAUGCGUUAUUCCCUUCUCGCCGGCGGCAAACGGGUCCGGCCAAUGCUUUGUCUGGCCGCCUGUGAACUCGUCGGCGGCAACCAGGAAAACGCCAUGGCCGCCGCUUGCGCCGUCGAGAUGAUCCACACUAUGUCACUCAUUCACGAUGAUUUACCUUGUAUGGACAACGACGACCUCCGCCGCGGAAAACCUACCAACCACAAAAUCUACGGCGAGGACGUCGCCGUCCUCGCCGGAGACUCCCUCCUCGCCUUCGCCUUCGAACACAUUGUCAACUCCACGGCCGGAGUCACCCCGUCCAGAAUCGUAGGCGCUGUUGCGGAGUUAGCUAAGUCCAUCGGAACCGAAGGACUGGUCGCCGGACAAGUAGCAGACAUAAAAUGCACCGGCAACGCUAGCGUCUCUCUAGAAACGCUGGAAUUCAUCCACGUACACAAAACGGCAGCUCUCCUAGAAUCCUCCGUCGUACUCGGCGCAAUACUCGGCGGCGGCACGAAUGUCGAGGUGGAGAAGCUACGGAGGUUUGCCAGAUGCAUCGGAUUACUAUUUCAAGUAGUUGAUGACAUACUUGACGUGACGAAGUCGUCAGAGGAGCUCGGAAAAACUGCUGGGAAAGAUUUGGUUGUCGAUAAGACGACGUAUCCAAAAUUGUUGGGAUUAGAAAAGGCUAAGGAAUUUGCGGCGGAGCUUAAUCGGGAAGCGAAGCAACAGCUGGAAGGGUUUGAUUCGCGCAAAGCUGCUCCGUUGAUUGCAUUGGCUGAUUAUAUUGCUUAUCGUGAUAAUUAGGAAAUAGUAAUAUUAUGGAAUGAAUGUGCUAAUUCUUCAUUUGAUUUACCUAAUGGAAAUGAAGGUGAUCGAUCUAUUAAUGAAUCAA